CUAUCAACGCAGGAUGAACUAGUGGGAACAGAAACACUAUGGCUGCCAGUCUCUCCUUGACUCAGCUUUCAAGUGGGAAUCCUGUCUAUGAGAAAUACUAUCGACAGGUAGAUCCGUCCAGCAGUGGGCGUGUAGGAGCUACUGAUGCAGCCUUAUUUUUAAAGAGAUCUGGCCUUACAGACCUGGUCCUUGGCAAGAUAUGGGACUUAGCAGAUUCAGAUUGCAAAGGCUCGCUAAACAAGCAGCAAUUUUUUGUCGCCCUCCGUUUGGUGGCAUGUGCUCAGAAUGGACUUGAAGUGUCUCUUAAGAGCUUAAAUGCUGCUGUCCCUCCCCCAAAGUUUCAUGACACUAGCAGUCCUCUUCAGUUUGGCCCCGUGCCCACGGACUGCCAAUGGGUUGUCAAGGCAGAGGAGAAGCUGAAAUUCGAUGCCAUCUUCGACAGCCUCUCUCCAGUGGGCGGCAUGCUCACGGGCGAUAAGGUCAAACCAGUGCUCCUCAAUUCUAAACUCCCUGUGGACGUUCUUGGCAGGGUUUGGGAGCUCAGUGACAUUGACAGAGAUGGCAUGCUGGACAAAGAUGAGUUUGCUGUGGUCAUGCAUUUGGUAUACAGAGCCCUGGAGUCCGAACCAGUUCCCAUGUCUCUGCCUGCCGCUCUGAUUCCACCGUCAAAACGGAAAACAAUAGCCACGCCUCCUGUGAUGCCCCUCCUACCAUCACCAGCACAGCAUAAAGAGAGAGGCUCCGCCCACUCUGGAUCUAAAACACUGCCAGCAAAACCUACACCACCACAGUGGGUGGUAUUUCCAGCAGAAAAAGCCAAAUAUGAUGACUUAUUCGCCAAGACAGACAGUGACAUGGAUGGCUUGGUAUCUGGUGCUGAGAUCCGAGAUAUAUUUCUAAAGACUGGUUUGCCAUCUGCCACUUUGGCCCGCAUUUGGGAGCUUUGUGAUAUAGGAGACGUUGGGAAACUGAGCCGAGAUCAGUUUGCAUUAGCUCUAUAUCUGAUCAAUCAGAAGCUGUCAAAGGCAAUAGACCCACCUCAGACACUCUCUCCAGAAAUGAUCCCUCCUUCUGAUAGACUGGCACGACAGAACAAUGCUGUCACAGUACAGGCUGCCGAUUUCUCCGCAAUUAAAGAGUUGGACUCACUCACUAAUGAAAUCGUGGACCUACAGAAGGAGAAGAGCGUGGUGGAACAGGACAUCAAAGAGAGGGAGGAAACUAUACGACAGAGGACCAGCGAAGUCCAGGACCUGCAGGAGGAGGUUCAGAAGGGCUCGGAGGAGCUGAGCCACCUGCAGGCAGAUCGACAGGAGGUGCAGGAGAAGCUGGAGAGGCUGGACGAGCAGAAACGCUCUCUAGAGGAGCAGCUCAGACUCAUACAGCAACAGUGCAGCCAGGAAAGCCAGCUGAUCCAGUCAUUGCAGGAGGAGCACUCCGAGCAGGAGCAGAGAAUUGGUGACUAUGAGGAGGAGUUGACCAGAGCCCGAGAAGAACUGCUCCACCUGCAGGAGGAGACGUGUCAACUGGGAGAGAAAGUUCAGUCUGCCCGUGCUCAACUCUGCCCCCUUGAGGAUGCUGUUAAAGAAUCCCACACACAGAUUGCUCAGGAACAGAAGCGAUUGGCCGAGCUUAAAACGGAGGAGAGAGAAGUGACUGCAAGGCUUACUUGGAAAAUCCUGGAGGAGCCGGUGCUCGUCAACGGAACAGCGCCCUCCUCUGAGCAGCUGGAGCAACUGCAGUGGCCUCAACCCACAGCACAGCCGCCAGAGAAACCCAAAGAGGACAAAGUCCAGGAUGAAGAGGAGCAGUCAUCCGUGGAUGAGCUGCAGGAGCUCAGAGUCACAGAGGAGCAGCUCGGGUCUGAGGCAGAAGAGCCAUCCACCAGCCCAGAGGAGCAAGAGCCUAAAGCUGACUUUUAUAGCUCUGACCUUUACAACAGUGGGUUAUCCACUGCCAGCUCCACUACUAUGGCCUGGCCUCAGGGGAUUACGGAAAGCACAACACAAACUAACCCAGAGCCAGAGGUACGGGAGGAGAAGGAAAAGGCUGAGGCAGAAGAGCCUGCCACCAGCACCCCAAAGCUGGAAACUGUGGAGCCAGAGAAGAAGGAAGCUGCCCAGCCAGUUACAUUGCCACCCACUAACCCACCUAGCGGUCCUGGCCUUGACUUCUUCCAUUCGGACCCAUUCACUGACGGUGAUCCAUUCACUGAAGACCCUUUCUCAAAAGUUGACAUUUCAGAUCCUUUUGGUGGGGACCCUUUUAAAGGCACAGACCCGUUUGCUGCAGACAACUUCUUCAAGCAGUCUUCAGUUGGUUUCCCAUCAGGAGAUCCUUUCGGUUCCUCCGACCCAUUCACUGCCACCACAGGCCCAAAAGAGCCUGAUCCAUUCACAUCCAGGACCAGUAAUGCUGUCACUCCAGACCCAUUUGCUUCCGGUAGUGGGAACGUCCAAGACACUGAUCCGUUCGGAUCCAAAAUGGAUGCCCUGGGAGACUCUGAUCCCUUCAGCUCGACUGGCACAGGACACGACCCAUUUGGAGGAUCAGAUAUUCCUGCAAGAGAUGGACCAGCAGCAGCCAAUGAUCCUUUUGCUCCAGGAGGAACUACAGUGGCCACUAACUCAGACCCAGAUCCCUUUGCUGCAGUAUUUGGCAAUGAGACUUUUGGAGGAGGUUUUGCAGACUUCAGCAGCUUAGCAAAGUCUAAUGGCAGCGAUCCAUUCGACUCAAGUACAAACAAGAAUUUAUAUAAGGAGGACACUCAGUCAGAUGUUCCUCCAGCAUUACCGCCCAAAACCGGAACACCUACCAGACCUCCACCUCCACCCCCAGGUAAACGGUCCAACAUCCACCGAUCGGAUUCGUCCGAAUCAUUUCAGAGGCGUGGUCUGUUCAAGGCUCAGGGCUCUGGAGAGUUCUCCUCCCUUCCCGCUAAAGACUCGGUACCAGACCCCUUCGCCCCUUCCUCACCCCACCCAGCCCCCCGCGCCCCCAACCGAUUAAUCCACCGAUCGGAGUCGUCUGAGUCAUUUCAGAGGCGUGGUCUGUUCAAGGCUCAGGGCUCUGGAGAGUUCUCCUCCCUUCCCGCUAAAGACUCGGUACCAGACCCCUUCGCCCCUUCCUCACCCCACCAAGCCCCACGCGACCCCAACCGAUUCGCCAGCUUUGACAAAUACCCCACAGAGGAGGACAUGAUAGAGUGGGCGAAGCGGGAGAGUGAAAGAGAAGAGAGGGAGCGUGUGGCUCGUCUGACCCAGCAGGAGCAGGAGGAUCUGGAGCUGGCGAUAGCCCUCAGCAAAUCUGAGCUGUCCUGACCCAAGCUGGAUACAGCACCACCACCACCCGAGCCACAUUAACAAGGAGGAGGAGGAACAGGGGAAGAGCUGGAACCACCAUAAUUAGAAGAAUCCUUCCACCUGCAUCUCCAGCCACUUGAUAAUCAUCUAGGUUUCCCUCUGAAUGUCCACUGAGUUCUCCCGGUGUCCGGUUGGCUGGAAUAAUGUAUGAAGGCCAAGUCAAGAUGGAGUUAAAGGUAACAGACUCACUGCAGCCUAUAUGGCUUGAAACCUCUGGUGUGACUCCCUUUGUUUUUAAAUAACCUCAAAUCAAGGGAGCUCCACUAAUCUGCCGCUUUCAAGUUUUUUUUUUCUUUUUAAAGAUCUGAUGUCCAGUUCAGUGUAAUUGAACAAGUGUUUCUGAACAAAUCUAUACCCAUCUAUUUGAAGUUUAUUGUAGAGUGAUUAUAAUAAGGUUACCAGUGGAGUAAAUGUAUUUAGAUCUGUUACAUGGAGGCUUAAAGAAAUCCAUAACAAGUGUUCCAAGGUUCGUUCUCUUCCUUUUUUGGGUAAUAUUAACACAUUUGUUCAAAGUUUACAAGCAGCCAAACUGGGCUGCUUCUUUCGCUUUUCAAAGUUUCAGAAAUAGUUCUUUGAAACAAGAGGUUUUUAUUGUGGGCAUGUCUGUCCACUCUCAGGAACGAAUCCCACAAGCUAUAAAACCUCAUUACCGCAACCUGAUCAGUGGAUUUCAGCUAUAAUUGAAGCUGAGGUGCUUGUAACAUUAUCAGCUUACAUAAACCACUACUGCAACUGAAUUUAUACCAUGCUAAAAGAGAACACUGAUGAACUUUAGAAAAGAACAACCAUGUAAACGCCGUUUUACCGUUAUAAUCUUAACAGUACAGCAUUUAUACUUUACUCAUUCUGUCCUUUUGAAGAAUCGUAAUCUUGAAAAGCUACUAAGAGACAUUAUUUGACAUUGCAAAUUUAUAAAUAGCUGAUAAAAAUAAUGAAAAUGUACAUAUUUGUGAAUUGUUUGUCAGUAAUCUUGUACUACGGUGUAUUCAUACCUUAAAACAUAUUGUAUUUUAUAUUAAAAAAAAAAGUGGUAGAAUAUAGAAAGCUUGCUUAAUAAAAAUGUCCCUUCUGUCUUAUUCCUAUAAUGACAAAUGCCGAAGCAAUUGGAUCAAAGGUGAUUUAAUAUGGCACAAAAUGUGGAGCAAGUCUUGUUAACUGAGUUUCAGAAAACAUUUUAUGAGUAAAUAAAAUAAAAAAAAAUAUAUAUAUAUAUAAAAUUGAGCAAUAUUAAGUCAGGCAGUGAUAUUUUCUGUAGUGCCUACCUGUUCAGCCUUGCCUUGGAGAGAGAAAAUCAGCUUGUGGUGAAUCAAAGAUGAUAAAUUGUUAAACAUUUAAUAGCAUUACUCUUCUCAAAAGCACCCUUAAUGCUCCAAUGCAAUGUUUCCAGUGUCAAUUAGGAUAUAAGAACCAGCUGCUCUUUUAUUCAUCUUGCACAACAUUCAGUCACUCCCACAUUUCAAAAGAUGCCUAAACACACUCUGGGGAUCAAUAGUGCACAGUUGGUUGCAUUUUCGUGUGCACAAAUUGGUAUAAGCUUUACAGACAGUGAAUUUAAACUUAAUACCAGUGCAUUUAUCAUUAUAAUUAUUAUAUUUGCAACAUGUCAUAAACAUUUUAGUUGUCUGUAUGUAGUUUCACCAGUAGGUGGACUCACUGAAAUGCAACACACUGCAUGAAAGACAAGAACCUGCUGCUUGGAGUCUUCAGUGACUACAAUAGAUGCGCUUUGUGAAGGUUUUAUUUCACACAGACUUUAUAUAUGAAAGCAUCUGACAGCAUAAUGGAAGAAUGUGCUCCUUUUUUGAAUGCUUUGUCAGACAAUGUUUUUUUUCCCAGUAUUGGCCUUUGAAAUCAAUAUUUGCUUUUUGGUUCAGGACUCUAUCUUAGCUUUGGGCACAGACAAAUGUGGCGGAAAUGAAAAUAAUGAUAGAAGGGAAUAGCAAACCUUGUGGCUAAUCUGGCUUUUGUUUGGCCAACCCAGCAUUUUCAUGCAAUUUAUGAAGAUUUGGAGCAUUACUGUUAAUCAGGCCGAAAUACAGCAUUAAAAAACACCUGCACUCCUCAUUUCAAACCAAUGCUUGGCCUUCUGUUUAUGGCUGCUGCUUCUCUAUUAUCGGCCCUGCAUAUUGUUAAAAACGUUUUUAUGCUCUGUCUGUUGUUGAUUAUGUUUGUAUGUAUGUAUGUAUGUAUGUAUAAGCUUUGUGUGCCUCUAAAAGAAAACCACUUAUAUGUUGGCCACUGACUGCCUUUUAAGAACAGGCUAAUUGUAUUUUAUUUUUUUAAUGUCCCUUUAUUG